AUGGAUCAACCAACGCUCGCCAAGAUCCUGCAAGAACCGGGCUGGCACGAACUCCACUCGGCAAAAAUCCUCGGCUGGGAGUGCAAGAUGUGGGGGAAAUACCGGGCUUUAGUGCGUGGAUCGGCGGACAACGUCAUUCAUGGCAUGGUCUUUGAGGUUCGAACGAGUGAGGAGCGUGAUAGUAUAAUUGCUUAUGAGGAUGCUUAUGAGACCGGUGCUUAUGGGCUCCAGGAUUGUGUUAUUGAUCUUGAUGGGAGAGGUCGUGUUCAUGGAAAGGCGUUUGCUUGGAAUGGGGAGUCUGAGUCGCUGAGGGAGGGGACAUUUGAUUAG